AUGACGGUGUGGAGACCAGCAUUGCGUGACUUGCUACAUUCUCGAUGGACAGCGGGUACUUUGGCGUCGAUGCUCAUCUCAUCGCUGUGUUGGUGGCUGCUUUCCGAGCUUGCGGAGUCUGAUCAUGCUCUAAUGCGUGGUCUGCCUAAUGGAGCUCGUAGUUUUUGGUGCGCGGAGCUUGAAGGCCACAUCGAUGCCCACUACUAUCGCCCGGAAGUUUGUGUCACUGCUCGUAAGCGCACCAAGUCCAUCACAGACCUCGUGCGUGCCUUCAGUGCAAUGCUCAACAAGCGCGAUGUCGACUAUUGGCUUGACAGCGGCACCUUGUUGGGGCAGUUUCGUGCUCAAUCUGUCAUUCCUUGGGACGAUGACGCCGAUUUUGGCAUGACCCUGGAAGGCUACGAGCUGCUUCGAAAUAGUCGGUGGGCCGUUCCAGAGGGUUAUGAACUCCAAGUGUACGACAGCAACAUCCAUGUAGCACGAGACCGUGACUGGAAUAUCCCCGCUCGACUUGUGGACAAAGCCUACGGGUUCUAUGUGGAUGUGUUUGUGUUCACCGACUCAGAAGCCAAUGGUGUCGAAAUGCUAGGCACUCACCCGUCAAGUUGCUGGCAUGCGUGUUCAAAGUGUCUACAGAUCGAUCGGUACGCCAAACAUCUUCUCAUUCCGCGUUACUACGUGUUCCCGCUGUUGAGCUGUCCAUUUGCCGACUUCCAAGUGCUCUGCCCAGCGAGAAGAACGCUCUACCUGGAGCAUCUGUACGGACCAGAUUUUCGUACGCCACAGAAAACGUGA